AUGUUUUUUACACCUCAUGUAUAUGGGUAUUAUGACUUUGUAGACCCACCACUUUCAGUUCCACAAAAUCUCAUGCUUGCCAUUGCUGGUUAUUUCACGCUAGUCAAUGUGGGAGCGUAUGGAUUAUUUUACUAUGACAAAUAUCAGGCAAGUACCAAGGGAUGGCGAGUUAAAGAGUCGGAUCUGCAGCUAUCUGCACUUGCUGGAGGAUGGAUUGGCGGAACACUUGCCAUGCAACACUUUCGUCACAAGACAAUCAAAAAGGCUUUCCAGCAGCCUUAUUUGAUUGCAGUGGGAAUGAAUAUCGUUGCUUGUGUAGGCGCAGUGGCAGCAUGGAUUCGUGUUCCUGCAGUGCGCAAAACUGCCUAUACUCUAUUCAGAGAAUCUCAAAGACGAUAA